CCGGAGCCCCGUCCUCUCCCCCGCCGGCGGGACGCGCGCCAUGCCCGGGGGGGCCGGCCAUGGGGCGCCACGGGGACAGCGAGAAGAUCGUCAUCAACGUCGGCGGGGUCCGGCAUGAGACCUACCGGUCGACGCUGCGGACCCUGCCGGGCACCCGCCUGGCCGGCCUCACCGAGCCCGACGCCCCCGGCAACUUCGACUACGACCCGCGGGUCGACGAGUUCUUCUUCGACCGGCACCCGGGGGUCUUCGCCUACGUGCUCAACUACUAUCGCACGGGCAAGCUGCACUGCCCGGCCGACGUGUGCGGCCCGCUGUUCGAGGAGGAGCUGGCCUUCUGGGGCAUCGACGAGACCGACGUGGAGGCCUGCUGCUGGAUGACCUACCGCCAGCACCGCGACGCCGAGGAGGCCCUGGACAGCUUCGAGGCGCCCGAGCCGCCGCCGCCGCCCGAGGACGAGCCCCCGGGGCUGGGGGGCGCGGGGGGCGGGGGGCUCGGGGGGCCCGACGGCGGCGGCGGAGGAGGAGGAGGAGGAGGAGGAGGAGGAGGAGGCGGCGGGGAGCUCAAGCGCCUCUGCCUCCAGGAGGCCGGCGGAGGGGCCUCCGGGGCCAGCGGGACCUGGUGGCGCCGCUGGCAGCCCCGGGUCUGGGCCCUCUUCGAGGACCCCUACUCGUCGCGGGCCGCACGGUACGUGGCCUUCGCCUCCCUCUUCUUCAUCCUCAUCUCCAUCACGACCUUCUGCCUGGAGACGCACGAGAGCUUCAUCCACAUCAGCAACAAGACGUCGGUGUCGUCGACGCCUAGCGGGCCGGAGAACGUGACCAACCUGGAGGUGGAGACGGAGCCCUUCCUCACCUACGUGGAGGGCGUCUGCGUGGUCUGGUUCACCUUCGAGUUCCUCAUGCGCGUCACCUUCUGCCCGGACAAGGCCGAGUUCCUCAAGAGCAGCCUGAACAUCAUCGACUGCGUGGCCAUCCUGCCCUUCUACCUGGAGGUCGGCCUGUCGGGGCUGAGCUCCAAGGCCGCCAAGGACGUGCUGGGCUUCCUGCGGGUGGUCCGCUUCGUCCGCAUCCUGCGCAUCUUCAAGCUGACGCGCCACUUCGUGGGGCUGCGCGUGCUGGGCCACACGCUCCGGGCCAGCACCAACGAGUUCCUGCUGCUCAUCAUCUUCCUGGCCCUGGGCGUCCUCAUCUUCGCCACCAUGAUCUACUACGCCGAGCGCAUCGGGGCCGACCCGAACGACAUCCUGGGCUCCAACCACACCUACUUCAAGAACAUCCCCAUCGGCUUCUGGUGGGCCGUGGUCACCAUGACCACCCUGGGCUACGGGGACAUGUACCCCAAGACCUGGUCGGGCAUGCUGGUGGGGGCCCUCUGCGCGCUGGCGGGCGUCCUCACCAUCGCCAUGCCCGUGCCCGUCAUCGUCAACAACUUUGGCAUGUACUACUCCCUAGCCAUGGCCAAGCAGAAGCUGCCCAAGAAGAAGAACAAACACAUCCCCCGGCCCCCGCAGCCCGGCUCUCCCAACUACUGCAAGCCCGACCCGCCCCCGCCCCCGCCCCCGCCCGCCCCGGCCGCCUCCCUGCUCCGCGGAGGAGGGGGCGGCGUGGGGGGCAUCGGGCUGGUGGGGAUGCCGCCCAUGCCCGCCCCGGGGGAGCCCUGUCCCCUGGCGCAGGAGGAGGUCAUCGAGAUCAACAGGGCAGACUCGAAGCAGAACGGGGACGCCGCCAGCGCGGCCCUGGCCCACGAGGACUGUCCCACCAUCGACCAGGCCCUGUCUCCGGAGGAGAAAUCGCCCAUCACCCCGGGCUCCCGAGAGCGUUACAGCCGGGACCGGGCCUGCUUCCUGCUGGCAGCCAGCGACUACGCGCCUUCCCCGGACGGCACCAUCCGCAAAGCCGCCGGUGCCUGCCCGCCACCCCCCGAGAACUGGCGCAAACCCGGCGUGGCCUUCCUGCCCGACCUCAACGCCAACGCCGCCUCCUGGAUCGGCCCGUAGCGGAGCCCCCCUCCCCGCGCCCCUCUGCCAGGGGACUUGGGCUAUGAGAAGUCCCGGAGCCUCAGCAGCAUAGCGGGGCUGAGCGGCGCGGCCUUGCGCCUGGCCCCCCUGGUCACUCCUCCG